AUGAGUGCGAUCCCGUAUGCUUCAGCUAUUGGGUCCAUCAUGUAUGCUAUGUUUUGUACACGCCCAGAUGUCUCCUAUGCUCUAAGUGUUACGAGCAGAUAUCAAUCGAACCCAGGUGAAUGUCACUGGGCUAUAGUAAAGAGUAUCCUCAAGUACAUGAGAAGAACUAAGGAUAUGUUCCUAGUCUAUGGAGGUGAGGAGGAGCUCGUUGUAAAUGGUUACACCGAUGCUAGCUUCCAAACCGACAAGGACGACUCGAGAUCGCAGUCUGGUUUUGUGUUUUGCCUUAAUGGAGGUGCGGUGAGUUGGAAGAGUUCCAAGCAAGAAACGGUUGCUGAUUCCACGACGGAGGCCGAGUAUAUCGCAGCUUCAGAAGCUGCAAAAGAGGCUGUUUGGAUCAGAAAAUUUGUUUCUGAGUUGGGUGUGGUCCCUAGUGCGUCCAGUCCAAUGGACCUCUAUUGUGACAAUAGUGGUGCCAUUGCACAAGCCAAGGAGCCUAGGUCGCACCAGAAGUCCAAGCACAUACUUCGGCGCUAUCACCUCAUUCGAGAGAUUAUUGAUAGAGGUGAUGUAAAGAUAUGCAAGGUGCACACGGAUUCGAAUAUUGCUGAUCCGUUGACGAAGCCUCUCCCACAGCCCAAGCAUGAGGCACACUUGAGCUCUAUGGGUAUUAGA